UUUUAAAAUAGCUUUUGUACAUUGAAUACACUGAUAGUAGAAGUGCAUUGCUCGGAAAAUGUCUGAAAGCAAACAGUUACAUAGUAUUGACGAAAAAUUAGAUAAAUUAUCGAUUAAUGAUCAGAAAGAUGUCUACAAAAUUUUAAACGGAGUCGGAUUUCAAUCUUUGGCAUUGCCAGAUACCGCAAAAGAGUAUGCAAAAAUUAAUAAUUUAGAAUUGGCGGGGUACGAAUACCCCUCCAAGGUAGAACAACUUCGAAGCCCAAGAAUUGUUAAAAUUGGCGCAUUUCAAAAUAAACUACCCCUAAAAACAGAUGCGCCAAUUGCCCAAAUGAGGGAUGCAUUAUAUAAACUUGCUCUAGAAGCAAUUACUAUGGCCUCUUUAGCAGAAGUUAACGUUUUCUGUUUUCAAGAGGCUUGGACAAUGCCUUUUGCUUUUUGUACUCGUGAAAAACAACCCUGGUGCGAAUAUGCCGAAUCAGCAGAAAAUGGACCAACAAUUAAAUUUUUACAAAAUCUUGCCAAACAGCACAAUAUGGUUAUCAUUUCUCCUAUAUUGGAACGAGAUGAAACACAUGGGGAUUUAAUUUGGAAUACCGCCGUGGUAAUCGAUAAUUACGGUGACAUUUUGGGGAAGCACCGAAAAAAUCAUAUACCGAGGGUUGGAGAUUUUAAUGAAUCGACGUAUUAUUUUGAAGGGAAUACUGGUCAUCCAGUUUUUCAAACAGAAUUCGGAAAAAUUGCAAUUAACAUUUGCUACGGUCGCCAUCAUCCCUUAAAUUGGUUGAUGUUCGGAAUAAAUGGAGCAGAAAUUGUUUUUAAUCCUUCUGCAACCGUUGGUGAACUUAGUGAACCAUUGUGGGGCAUAGAAGCAAGAAAUGCAGCCAUUGCAAAUGGCUAUUUUACUGUAGCAAUAAACAGGGUCGGAACCGAAAUUUUUCCGAACGAAUUUACAUCGGGAAAUGGAAAACCUGCACAUAAAGAUUUUGGUCAUUUCUAUGGAUCUAGCUAUGUGGCAGCUCCGGAUGGUUCAAGAACAGUGGGCCUGUCAAGGAUUAACAGUGGUUUAUUGGUUGUAAAAGUUGAUUUGAACACUUGCAGGCAAAUAAAGGACCACUGGGGGUUUCAGAUGACCCAACGCUUAGAUAUGUAUGCCGAAGCCUUACAAAAAGCCACAAAUCUGAAUUAUGAACCGCAAUUAAUCAUUAAAAAGUGAAUAUUAUUUUGUACUAAUCAAAUAUUUAUCUAUUUUGCUGUAAAUCGAAUCAUAUUAAUUUUUGGUGAAUGUUUAUACAGUUAAUUAACGCAAUGUACUAAUUAUAUAUAUAUGUGUAUGUACUUUAAAAAUAAAAUAACCCUUAACUCCA